CACUUUUUUCAUGUAUAAAUUCUCGGUGUUAGCCGUAACACCUCAAACCAUUUUGAAAGUAACAGAUCAGAGCAGCAAAAAAUGGCAACUCAACCACCGGUUAUCAAAGUCGUCGCCCUCUGCGGUUCCCUCCGCAAAGCUUCUUACAAUCGCGGUCUCAUCCGCGCCGCGACGGAUAUUUGCAAGGAAUCAAUCAACGGGAUGGAGAUAGAGUACGUGGACAUAUCGCCCUUACCGUUUCUGAACACCGAUCUGGAGGGAGACGGAACAUUUCCACCGGAGGUGGAGGAAUUCCGCCAGAAGAUUCUCGGAGCCGACGGCGUACUCUUCGCUGCUCCGGAAUACAACUUAUCCGUCGCCGCACCUCUGAAAAACGCGAUUGAUUGGGCGUCUCGGCCGCCGAACGUGUGGGCUGACAAGACGGCGGCAAUCGUGAGCGCCGGAGGAUACCUAGGAGGAGGAUUAGGGCAGUUCCACCUCCGGCAAAUCGGAGUUUUCCUCGACCUCCAUUUCAUCAACAAACCUGAGUUUUUCCUGCAUGCAUUCCAGCCUCCUGCGAAGUUCGACGUGGACGGCAACUUGAUCCAUGAUGCCACCAAGGAGAAGCUUAAGAAACUCCUUUUAUCCUUGCAGAAAUUCACAUUGCGCCAUCUAAUCUAACGAAGAAUGAAUAAUUUGAAUGAGUAUAGGAAACGAAAUUCACCCCU